AUUGCCCCGGUUGCACCUUGGUGCCGAGGUUCAUCUGCUGUUUGCUCGGCCCACACACCCCGUCAUUGUCUGGGGAAAACCGAAGCCGCAAACGCGCCCGCUUGUCCCUUUGUACAAAUCACGUCUCUCCAAUUACCCAGCAACUUUUCUCCAACGUUUUUAACUCAAUCCAUAACCAUAUCUAUCAAAACCAGGAAAGAAAAUAAAGAUAAAAAAAUCAUAGAUAUAUAUACAAUAUCUAGAAUACAUUAUUUGCUCAAUUUCAUUGUAGCAUAAAUAACAUACAAUCUCAGCAUCCACCUUCUCAUUCAAAAACCCCCCAAAAAACAACCGCCCAUCAUGUCCAAGACAUUCACCCCCGCCGAGGUAGCCCAGCACAAGGACGAGAAGAACGGCAUCUACAUCAUUGUCGACGACGGCGUCUACGAUAUCACAAAUUUCAUCGAUGAGCACCCCGGUGGCCCCAAGAUCCUGAAGCGCAUGGCUGGAAAGGACUCGUCCAAGGCAUUUUGGAAGUACCACAGCAAGCACGUGCUGGACAAAUACGCCGAGAAGCUCAAGGUCGGCACCGUUGCCGACAAGGCGAAGCUGUGAUCCUUUUUCUUUUUUCUUGUCUAAUCUGUAUUUCCACCUCAAGAUUGUAAAUACGCAUCUUCUCUUUAAACCCCUUUAAAUUGCUUUCGACGUUUCCUUGUGAUGUUCCUUCUUUGUGCUGUGAGAAUGUCUGUCUGUCUGGUCAUGUUUUUAUUCGUGAUUGGCAUCGUGGUCAUUUGAGACAGCCUGGCAUCCACCCAUCUGACUAGCAUCACUCGUUCAUGUCGUUCCCUCUACAAGUGACAGUAACACCAUCAGGGGUAUAGAAUCCCACUCCUGUCGAAUCAAGCAUCAUUUCAAGAUAUUUAUUCAUUUUUCGAUUUUUUAUUUAACCCGCCCUCUGUCGCAAGAGCAGCAAAUCACUCCCGGGUAUUCACGAUGCAAAUGCUUUUUUGUUUUCCCCCAAUAGCCUAGUUACGCGCCAAAAAGAAUAAUAAUAAUAACAAUAACAAUCAACUCCGUGUACGCCUUCGCCAUGAAUCCUCCUCGACGCUCGAAUUAAAACACCCGCUACCCGUCCAAAACAAACAGUCUCAAGCGGCUAGGUGGCCAUCUCUUUUGAUCUCCCGUUUGUGCUUGGACAAAGACAGCAACUCUGUAUUGUCAUAAGCCAGCAAAUCGCCGUCUUUGUUGUUUGGCAAUUUUAGCCAUGCCAGUCUAAUUGGAAGAGCCAACCAACCUUGGCCCCAAGCAGAAAGACGUUCCAGCCCGCACUACCUGCCGUUGCCAGCUACGGCGCCGACUGAUGCGGCCGCAACCUCUUUCUGGAACUCGAGUACAAUGUUCUUAGCAAGCUUGAUAAGUAGCCCCUCUGCCUGCUCAAUCUCUUGUUUCUGGGUGUCAUUUGCAGGCUGCAUGAAGCUUGCCUCACACAGACCCAGCACGCGGUUGAUGGCUGAAAGAACCAGUGCUUCCGACCUCUCCUCUCCCAACUUCCCCUUGAGCGUGUCGAUCCCCAGCUUCUUGAACGAUGUCAGUUUCUCGACGAGUUUCGGGUCCGCAAGCGUUGGAUAUUUCUGUCUCGCUGUGUCGAACACCGUCAUGAUGACCUUUUCAACUGGAGCCACGCUGGCAGGCGCAAUUGAAAUAGUAGAGAAGCCUAAACCACGGUUGAUGACCGACAUGGCUACCAGCUCCGCUGCCUGUGGCACCUUCUUCUCCAGCUGGUUGAUCACUUGAAUACGGAAGUUUUUGAGGAAGUUGGCCACAUCUGGAUCGAUGGCAGGUUUGAGUGGAGGUAACGCGGCAGGCGGGGGUGCUGCCAUCGUUGCCCUGUUGACACCCAGCUGAGCACCGGCGUUCUGGUUCAUUGAUCCCAUGGUACCUGGAUGAGCUCCUCGGGCUCCUUGCAUUUGGUUUUGAUUGUAGUUGACGGGUUGUGGCCUCUGUUGUUGAGUAGCCUGGUGCUGGACGUGUGGUUGUUGCUGUGGUGUAUUCAUCGCAGCCGGGGCAGCUUGGUUCACAGGUGCUGGCACAUAUGACGAUUGUGGUUUAUUGGCAAACGCUGGAUUGUAAGGUGCUUGCUGCGGCCCGGGCUGUGCUUGUCGUGCAGUAUUGCCUUGCAUGUAGCCCGGCAACUGCGUCGGUGCUGGAGUAGGAGCCUGUGGAUAUGCCGACGGGGCCUGAUAGCUGGGCUGUGGCAUAGGAUGCUGAUUGACAACUCCUGUGGGCUGGUGUGGUGGCAGCGGCUGCUUUGGAGUCUGGGCCGUCUGAGGCAGGCCGUGGCCCAUCGGCAUACCAGGAGUUGGCGACGGACCAAGUGAAUACCCCUGAGCCACGUGGUAUUGCUGUUGCUGUGGAAUUUGUGAAGUCCAUUGUGUUGCACCCCCCAUGUUGGGAGGAGCGGCCAUCUUCUGGUCCGGUGAACCGGCUUUACGUUUCCUGCCAGCGUCCAAUUCCACGCCAGGAACACGUUUCCACAUGUGAUCAUCUUUAUAGAAUGCCUCGUUCCCAAUCAAGUUAUGCCUCACGCUACUCUCCCAGCCCUUGGUAUCAACCUCAAAGUAAUACCAAGGGUACUUCAUCUGGAUGCGCUUGUAGACCUGCUUCAAGGUAAAGCCUUCAGGUGGCGCUUCCAUGAGAACCUCAUCAAUCAGAACACUGUAGUUCUUGUUGGGCUUCUGCAGCUGCUCCUCGGUGUAGUCCUCCCGCUUGAGCUCGAGCGGCGGGGUCUUGUGUUUCUCUUUCCUCUUUUCUCUGGCAGCCUUCUCGCCAUCCGAAACCUCGCCGUCUUCGUUCUUCGGCUUCCGCGGCUUAUACUUGCGCUUCUCUGGCCUGUCCUCGGCCCCUUCUGGAAGGGGGUUUUUCCUAGGCCUCCCAACUUUUCUCUUAAUCGGAGGUUCUCCUGGGACGGGUGGUGGUGCAUUUUUCUUGGCUUCCUCGAGAGCUGCUUUCCUGAGCAGCCUCUCCUCUCUCUUGGAUCUUAUGCCGUUCUUUGGUGGCCUGCCAGGGCCUCUCUUCUUUGGCGUAUCCGAUGAGUCUGGCAAAGGAAGCUGCAGCUUCGAGGCUGAACCACCUGUAUCAUCAUCCUCAACGGUGGGCAUGGGAACGUCUGCAGCAGGGUCAUCCUCGCCCGCAUCAUCAAGAUCCAUAUCAUCAAGGUCGGAUAAAGGCUCAUCGUCGCUGUCCGGGUCGAUCGCCUGCGCUUGAGACUCUUCGUCUCCUGAUUCGCUUGUCGUGCUGCGCGCAUCACCGCCAUGGGCACUCUCGAAUUCAAAGCUCAUCUCCUUUCCACCUUCCGAAUGUGGACGCAAUGGUUGUUCUUCGGGGUAGUCCUCUGCACCCGUCUCGCCAUCCUUGACUCCAUUGAUGAAGAAUUGAAAUUCAACGUCGCUGAUCUGGAGCAUGCAACCGCUGCGGAGCACUACUGUCGUCAUUUCGGUAUGGAAGACAUCAUCGUAAAAGAAACCGUUCCUUCCAAGGCAGGUCGCUUCGAACACUUGUUUGUCUGGAUUAAAUAGAAUCUUCAGGUGCUCUCGGGAUAUCGACCUUGUUCCCGAAUACCUGGGAGAAUGGAUGCGAACAUCGGCUCGCUGAUGAGGUGAUGGUUUGAGCUUUUCCAAGUCAACCUUGGCAGCGCCGGGUGUGUGUUCCACGUAUUGCCUGUCAGGCAACAAUCCUAGUAGCCGUCCAUUUGCUGGAGAGUUUCCUCUAGUACCAUUGUUCAAGGGAGACUGCCCUCGUUUGUCUCCUGUUGCUCGUACCCUCUUCCGCCGUUUGCGCGGGGGUUUGUCUGGAUUAUCCGACUCAGACGAUGCCGGACCAAGCAUGCCGCCUUCUUCGGACACGUACGACUUGCUAUAUUUCUCCCGUGGCUGGAAAAGUUCCUCAGGCUCCAUUUCAGGCUCUGGUAAGCCUUCCCUUUGGGCCUGCAGAACCCGCUCUCGAUGUGCGGCCCUCCGGUCUUCUGCUUUCUUCUGCUCCACCAUGGCUUUGUAGUCGCGACCAAUCACGACUUCGUAGGUAGUCACCUGGAAGAUGCUGUCGGCAAACUCUAUGCGAGCAAAGGAUUCGAGUCCCUUGGACUGAGUAAUUUGAGUUCCAUCCAUCUGACCGCUGUUGCUGACAGCCAGGGGGUUUGCAGCUCCGCUUUGCUGGAUGGGCAAGAUGACAUUUGAGGGGUUGAUAGUCGGCUGGAGAUUCGCAGCUCGGUUUAAAGACUGCUGGUUUCCGUCAUUUUUCAUAGCCAUGAGAAGUUGCGCAGGUGAUGCUGUCGUCACCGACGACAUUAUGAUCUGAUGAAAAGCAAUCAUUGUGCUUGUCAUGGCGUCGGGAUUCUUCGCCGCGAGGUCCCAGUCGAUAAACGUCUGUCCCAUGUCGCCCGCUCCAUUUAGACCGACCAUAGGCGUUGUCAUACCUGCGGUUAGAGCCUGUUCGCCCUGGGAGAUGGCAGCGAGAAGGUUCGCUUGGAACGGUUGAAGGUCCGCCACAGUCUGAUACUGGCUUGUUGCGGUGCCUGGCUGAGGCGCUGGCAGUUGAGAUGCGUUCUCGGCAGGCGUUUGCGGUAGAGCUGAGGUAGCCAGGCUUUUUGAUGAAGCAGCGGAAUCGGGUUUUGGAGUCUGCGGUCUACCUUCAGCCGGCGGUUCGGAUGCGGUAGAGUCCAUCGCGACUGGCGGUUCCGAAUUGGCGGAGGGGGCGGCCGCGUCGUGGCCAGAUUUCGACUCGUCUUUCGGACCUCCAAUCUGAUCUUGGGACUCGGGUUUGACCUCCGCCGCAGGUGUCGGGUUCGAAGCCAUCGCGACUGGCGGAGGAGCAGGCUCGUCGGGAGCGUGGGGGUCUGGACGCGGCGAUUCUGGGCGACUUGGGCCCUCGGGCUCAUUUACGGGCGAAGUCAUCGCUGGUCAAACAAAGUUAGACAGCUCCUUCGCCAUGAGAGGCGCGGUCGGGGGUUCGGUGGCGCGUUGUGCAGGUGCUGCUUUCCUUGGAGCCUGUCAACAACAGCCUUGUCGUGUUGGAUGGGCAAAAGAUCCAAGAUUCAUUCGCAUAGAUCCA